CCACAGUUUAGUUGAAUUGCUUUUGCCACGCUGACUGGUCGAGAUGCAGAUGUGGUAUCCGUACCUAUUACUGAUAACGCUAACUGGGACCUUGUCCACAAAAGUUGAUCCCCAUUGUAGACCCAAUCUCUGCAUGAAUUCGGAAGUCCAUGUGGGCUGCUUUCAACCCAAGGCAAUAGCCGACCAAUGCGGGAAAAACAACCUUUUCCUCAACGUUAAUGGAGUGUUGAAGGCCGGCAUACUCAGCAGGAUCAACAUGUUGCGCAACUAUGUGGCCAGUGGAGUGGGCAACUAUUCGGUAGCCGCUCGCAUGCCGACGAUGGUCUGGGAUUUCGAACUGCAGCGGCUGGCCGAUCGCCAAGUUCGCCAAUGCGAUGAGACGGGAAAGUUUUGCGCCAAUACCGAGAAGUAUCAUUAUGUGGCAACCACCGAAAUCCGUAGCAUGAUGAGGCGAACCAACAGCCUGAAACAUGAGGUUCUGAGUAAAAUGCUGCCGGAGAUGUUCCUGGAUAUCAUGGGAUGCGUGAGGAAUGGUCAGAAAAUAGAGCCUAUAAGAGAAGGAACCUGUGUGGGCCACUAUUUGCCGCUGAUUCAGGACCAUGGUUCUCGAAUGGGAUGUGGACUUCGUGUGAAGGGUAGGACUAAUGAAAAGUCAAAUGUCAUCCUGCUCUGCCACUUCUCGCGGGCCAGCGUGAACAACCUGGUGCCGUACGAGGAGGGCCACAUUCCUGGCGAGAAGUGCGUCACUGGGCCGAGUCAGAUGUACCAGUUCCUGUGCAGCGAGGAAGAGAUCGUGGAUGCCAACAGCAUGCUGGUGCAAUCGAAGAUGCCGCCCGGCGACAAAGUGGUACAAGACAUUUAGGUGUGCACUUAAAGAUACUUAUGCACUUCAUAUUCACAUGCAUACUAUUCAUAAAAUAAAAACCUAUAAGAUCGA